CUUUUGCUAUAUAACUUCUACUCCAGAGCAAAGGAACAUGCAAAAAUCAGUUGGAUUGCUGCUUCCUAAUCUUCUUUCCUGUUCUCAGUUGUGAUUAGGUUUGGUUUCUGAGGAGCUAUUGGGAUGGCGGAUGUUAGCAAUGGUACCUUUGAAUUUAGCGUAAGCCAGGGAGAACCAACUCGAGUUCUUCCAGCUGAAGAGACAGAGAAGGGUCUCUACUACCUCUCAAACCUAGACCAAAACAUUGCAGUCAUAGUUCGUACUAUUUACUUCUUUAAGUCAGAGUCUAAAGGAAAUGAGGACGCUGUGGAAGUAGUGAAAAAUGGCCUGUCAAAGAUUCUUGUUUACCAUUAUCCGUUUGCUGGGCGACUAACAAUCAGUUCAGAAGGGAAGCUCAUAGUGGACUGCACUGGGGAGGGGGCUGUCUUUGUCGAAGCUGAAGCAAAUUGUGGACUAGAGGAGAUGGGGGACAUAAAAAAGCCUGAUCCUGUCACUCUUGGAAAGUUGGUGUAUGAGACUCCUGGUGCUCAGAAUUUACUUGAGAUACCUCCUUUGGUGAUUCAGGUGACCAAGUUCAAGUGUGGAGGAUUUUCUAUUGGGAUGAGCAUGAACCAUUGUAUGCUAGAUGGGAUUGGAGCUAUGGAAUUUAUGAAUGGAUGGGGUGAAGUUGCCAGAGGCUUGCCCUUAAAGAUCCCUCCGUUUUUAGAUAGGAGCAUACUAAAAGCCCGCAACCCACCUCUGAUAGAAUUUUCACACCACGAAUUUGAUGAGAUUGAAGAGAUAUCAAACACAGCCAAGCUGUAUGAAGAAGAAGAAAUGCUCUAUAAAUCAUUCCUUUUUGACCCUGAUAAGCUUGGACAACUGAAGGAAAAAGCCAUGGAAGAUGGAGUUCUAUCCAAGUGCACCACAUUUCAAGUCUUAGCAGGCUUUAUCUGGAGAGCUCGGUGCCAAGCAUUAAACUUACUCCCAGGGCAACAGACUAAGCUCCUCUUCGCCGUCGAUGGACGGCAAAGAUUUACCCCUCCAUUACCUGAAGGAUAUGCUGGUAAUGGUAUUGUGUUAACAAACUCAAUAGUUACUGCUGGUGAGUUGCUCGAGAAACCACUGUCUUUCGCGGUGGGAUUAAUCCAACAGGCGAUCAAAUUGGCUACAGACAGCUAUAUGAGAUCGGCCAUUGACUAUUUUGAAGCAACAAGAGCUAGGCCUUCUUUAGCUGGAACUGUUCUGCUUACAACGUGGUCUAAGCUAUCUUUCUACACAAUAGACUUCGGAUGGGGAGAACCUAUUUCAUCAGGGCCUGUAGCUUUGCCAGAAAAACCUGUUAUUCUUUUCCUUCCUCAACAGAAAGAUACGAAAAGCAUUAGUUUGCUUUUGGGAUUGCCAGCUUCUGCAAUGAAUAUCUUCGAAGAACUAAUGCAGAUUUAAAAAAUAGUCGGAGGAUCUGUUCUAUUCUUGUAUCGACAGACACACAUACUAAAGUUCUAUUGUUGAAGCAUUUGUCAUCAUUGUUGAUGUCGGGGGAAUCUAGUGGCUGGAAAAGGAAGCAAAGUAUCAUAAGAGUUAAUUUCCCAAACGGAGGAUGGAUUCUCUAUGGUGCUAAGAACAUUAAGGCUGUGUCAAAUGUACACUUGCAGUUCUGAGGCUUCAUGUCAGUAGUUGUCUUACAUUCAAGAACCAAAAUAACCUCAGAUCAACUAGCUUCUGAGUUCUGAGUCAUAUAUUUGUUUAUGUGAUAGUGGCAUUCUUAGUCAAAUGGGCGUCUGUAUUGUUUCUUUCAGCCAUGUACUCGUAUCCAAAGUAAGAAUUAAUACUGUAUUGGAAUAACAAAGCCUGAAGAGGCCUAUGAAAUGCAACUGCUUCGUAAUUCUGUGAUUCAACUAUGAGAAAUGCAGUCUGUAAGAGCAUAUAUUUUACAUUUCUCAGAGGAUCACCUGCCAUAUUGGAAAAGAAAUUCCAGGUAUUUAAAUUUGAAUUCCAGAUCUGUUGAAUGACUCAGAUUCAUUGCCUAAUCCUUUUUAAACCCCUUUUUCUCCGUUCAGAUUGAGCCAGACAUUUUAAAAUUUUCCAUGAAAUAUAAAAUACCAUGUUAAUUCUUUUCCUCACACAAACAAAAGGGAGCAAUCAAGCCCAUUAAUUCAUUUCUUGGUGAUGUAACAGAUAUCUGUCAAUCAUCUAAUUAAUCCAAUCUGCUUAAUUUAGCAGAAGAAUAAACGUCUAGAUCACCCUGCGAGAAGUGAGGGCCUCCCAAUACCAUCCACCAAAGUUGAAUCAGAAUCAGUCGAAAGAGGAAAAAACGAGGAGCAGCUCAUUGAUUAAUUGAUAUUACUCAUACCCAAUAACUACUUUCUGCAACUUCCAAUAACAUUGUUGCAUCAAUCAUUGUCAUGUGUGUGUCAUGAGGCCUACCAC